UAAUGGACGGUUUCCUCUGAAGAGCCCACGACUGCGCGGAGAAGGGACGGGGAGGUGGGGGGAGACAGUGGGAGCGCGCCCGGGGAGCGCGCACAAGGGAGAAAAUGCAACCCCCCCACAAUAAAGAGCAAAGAUUGCAUUCAGCAGCGAGCAGCAAUGCAGAAAUAGAUGGCAGUCUCGUGUCAGUGAGUUUGCAUUCCCCCCCAUCUCUGGUCCAAGCGCUGGAGUCAGCAACAGAGCCGUUGAAGGCAAUUGCUUUUUACUACAAGUGGAGAAGUUCCCCCCUCUUGGUUGCCUGGCUGACGGCUCGCCUUGUACAUGUUUGGGUGCAUUUUUCCUUUCUUAUUGGGUUGUUGAUGGGGCUCUUUUCCUUUUUUUUUCUUCCUUCCUCCACUCUCGUUCCUGCCUUGAUUUCCCCCCCCUAUCUUUGAAAGUGUGACUACAAAUAUUCUCUGGUCUCUCUCUCUCUCAAACAAAAGCAAAACGAGAGAAAAAGGACAUCUGGAUUGAUUACGCCUAAGACUCUUCCCCCCCCUCCUUUUUAAUGAACAGAACUAAAACCCCGUCACGAAAUUUCAAACACAAAUCUAAAAGGAAAAGGUUGUGGUUUGUUUUUUUGCUCAGCAGCAACAGCAGCAGCAGCAGCAGCAGCAACAACAACAUGGAUGUGUUGGCUAGUUAUAGUAUAUUCCAGGAACUGCAGCUUGUCCACGACACCGGGUACUUCUCAGCUUUGCCAUCCUUGGAGGAGAACUGGCAGCAGACAUGCCUUGAGCUGGAACGCUACCUUCAGACAGAACCCAGGAAGAACUCAGAAAGCUUCGUGGAGGACCUGGACUGUUUUCUUCAUGCUUCUGCUCAAGGCACAGAAGACAGCAUUCAGCCAUUGGACCCACUCUUAUUACCUGUAGAUAUGAGUACCUGUGACAAAAAUGGCAACAUGGACAUUAUUCUCUCAAGGGACAAACUAUUGUCUGAGACUUGUCUCAGCCUGCAACCUACCAGCUCCUCUACAGAGGGUUAUGCUGCUGUUAACCAGGCCCAACUCAAUGCAGUGACCUCACUAACACCUCCUUCCUCUCCUGAACUCAGUCGCCAUCUUGGAAAAACCUCACAAACGAUCUCUGCAGUUGAUGGCACAGUUACACUGAAAUUAGUGACAAAGAAAUCCACCCUCAGCUCAGUAAAAGUUGGUGUAAUAGCACCAGCUAACACAACAAAGUGUGCACUCAGUGACAGUGAACAAGGAGGGUUAGGGGCUGACGCAUCCCCAGAAAACAAGAAGAGGGUUCAUCGUUGUCAGUUUAAUGGGUGUCGUAAAGUAUAUACAAAGAGCUCACACUUAAAAGCGCACCAGAGGACUCACACAGGUGAGAAGCCUUACAAGUGUUCAUGGGAAGGGUGUGAGUGGCGUUUUGCACGAAGUGAUGAACUCACACGACAUUACAGGAAGCACACGGGAGCAAAGCCCUUCAAGUGCAGCCAUUGUGACAGGUGUUUUUCAAGGUCUGAUCACCUUGCCCUCCAUAUGAAGAGGCACAUCUAAAUAAUAGGGAACAUACAGUGUGACCCGGAUGCAGUUAGACCAUAGCGUCAUGGGGAGAAGGGUGGAACCCAAUUGCCUGUAUCUUGCUACCUUCCAGAAGAAAAGAAUUUGAUCACAUGUAAACUUCUAUACCUACAAUAUGCACUAAAUGCUGUCAUGCUCUCAGCAGUACAUUAAUCUGUUUCCAAUGCCUUGCCCAUCUGAAAGGCAGAAGUCAUGUGAUUAGGAAAAGGGUUGCAGGGGAAGUCUUUAAGACACAGUUGCUUACAGCACUUGAGAACUUGAAAAUCUUUGCUCCUGUUUAUUGCCAAUGAAAAUCAAAGCAGAUGGAAGAGGAUUCCUUGCAGGUGAACAGCAUAGAAGCCGCAUAUAUGUAACUCGCUUCUUGGUGCAACUUGACUGGGGAGGGGGGAACCUAUUUUGGACUUGCAUAUUUGUAGCAUUAACUUUUCUUUUGAGAUAAUUUUGGAAGGAAAACUAAUGACCUAGAAAAACCAAAUUCCAGUUUGGUAGCCAAAAUGUUACUGUCUUGGUUCCUUUCUGCCGAUUUUGUUUUAAGGCACCCUUGCAUACAACGAUUCAUCAAGAUUCCUCAAGAACUUCUUGAUCUGCUCCGUUUUCUUUUUUCAUAGAACUGAGCUGUCAAGAUCUGUUUAAGUCAAUACCAAUGGCCUUAAUUGGCAGUACACUCUGCAGCGAUCCUAGGAUACACCUACCACUUUUCUUGCUUCACCUGUUGUGGAUUUGUCAAGGAGAUAUAGAUAUAUAUAUAGAGAGAGACAUACUGUUUUGUUCCUUUAAUUUUGGUAUUUGGUUAUUGCACAUCACGUGCACAGAGGAACUGUGAAAACUGAUGAUAUGAUUGCAUAAUGGUUGACAAGCGAAAUCCCUGAGCAAGAUCUCAGUAUAUCUUUGGAGGCAUCACCAUAUUGCCAUAGUUCAGACUUCCUAUUUAGUUACCUAAUGAAAACUUGAAAGAAAGCUUAUUUGAAGCUUUGAUCCUUUUCUCCAAGUUUCUGAGAACUCAUUUACACACCUGGAUAUCUGUCUUGGAUUCUCUCACUCAGGCAUGACUUCAGGUUUUCCUUCUGCACCAUGGGGAGCAUGCUUGUGGCAACCCACAAAAAAAUGGUUAGCAAUUCUGGUUAUUUGUUGUUGCUAGCCCUUUUACCUGGUGAAAUUCGUGGUAACAUAUAUGUGUGUCUGGCACCCGCAAAAGAAAUAUUUUGGGUUAAGCAGAUCCAUAGAAUACUUGCAAUCAUGUAAGUUAUGAGUGGAAAAGUGAGAACCUCUUGCUUUUAAUAUUAGUCUCCUACAUGUUUUCUUCUAAAAAAGAAAAUGCCUACCUAGAUUCUCCUUUCCCAUUUUAUUAAAGUAGUGUAAUUUCCACUUGUCCAACACAAUGCAGUUGAAUGAAAAGAUUGGCUUUUUGGUAAGCACGGACUUCUUUCCAAACAACUAAUUUAAACAAAAAAAAAGUAGAUGCAUGGGUCCACUUCAAGCAAUGGUUGUACUAUUUAAUGAACAAUGGAGGCAUCAGGCUCAUGCUUGGAUCUUGUAGAUAGUUUGAUGGUUGUGGUCAAAUUAGAUUUUUUUCCUGUACUUUACUUACACACACACACAGACACACACACACACCCCUUCCUCUAUAUAUGCAUAAUGUUUAUUUUUAGCUAGUUGGAGCUGGCACUAUUCCAAAGACUGCCUUUUCAAACUAUCUCUCAUGCAGGUAAAGAGAUAGUAAUUCAGAAUGGCUGUGUAUAGUUAAUUUGGGACCAUCCCUGCAAGAUAUGCUGAGAAACGGAAUGGCCUGUAACUCUCUUGGUUGCUACUCUUCCACUCACUAAACUAGCUCACUGCCCUACUUUGGACUGUUUUUGACUUGUUGACUGUUCACUAAUUUCCUAAUUCAUGUUUAGGAUGUAGAAACAUUAAAAUAACUUUUUAUAUCUUCAAAUAUAUAAUGGAAGUACAGACACUGAUUCAUAAUACUUAGCCCUUGGGGUUUUCUUUCCAUCUGUAAUUUCAUUCAGCUAUUGAGGUUCCAAACAAUGCCCUCCUUGGGCUCAGAAUCCCUGCAUAUACUGUGACUAUCAGCAACUAUUUAUAUUGCAAAUAACAAAGUCUAGCCCUUAAUGAUGGAAUGAGAUAUGGACCAAAACCUGAAUACUCUAUACAGAGGCAAUUAACAAUAGGAUUUAAGAAUAAGGGUAAGAUCUAAGUUUUAUUCCAAAGAUUUGUGGUGGAGAAAUCUUGGAGCAUUGUUUGCUGACAAUCUUGUAGUUCUCUUUAACUGUGUUUGCAUCUUUUCUGUUCUGCGGAGGUGUUCACUGGAAAUUUGAGAACUCUGUAACUUGGUAUUGGAAUAUUAUGUGACAGUUUUAGAAUAUCAGAGAAGAGAGAAGACUGAACAUCUAGACAACGUAUUAGCUGGAAAAUCUCUACUGUCAAGAUUUUUUUUGUUUUCUUGUAGAGUUUUACAUAAUGUACAUGCAUGUAUCUGUGUGUGUGUGUGUGUGUAUGUGUGUAUGUAUGUAUGUAUAUAUAUAUAUAUAUAUAUCUGUGUGUGUAUGUAUGUGUAUAUAUGCUCACACACACACACACACAAACAUACACACACACAAAUAUAUAUAUUUAUCUGUCAUGACAUAGUCCUUAAGUAAUAUCCAUAGCCUAAAAUAUUCAGUUCUGUUGUAUCUAGAAUGGAAUUUGAGACUCUAAGAAUUAGGGACAAAUUUAAACUGAGUUUGCUUUCUUAAAUAAUCUGAAGAGAUGUGAAUGAGAAAUCAAAAGGAACUGUGUUCAUCUAUCCCUUAUUGAUAUUAGAAAUCUCAGAAAAUUUUCUGUUAACAGGACUUGAAAUAAUCUGGGGAGCAAAAAGCUUGUUCCUUUUCUCCUGCUUCAAAGUAGAGUUGAACUAUAGGGACUUGGGAGUAAGCCAGCUAAAUCAGACAGGGCCUCUUCCUGAGUAAACGUGAAAGGGAUCUGUUCUCAGCCUGUGAGAUGAUGAACCAGCAAGAGAUGUUGAUCCAUAGUGGGCACAUAAGGUUGCUAUGUUUCCACUGUAGAUUAUAUGGCUAUUAGCUGGCCAGCAGCACCAAAUAAAUAAACAAAUAAAUAAAUAAUCAGAAGCCUAUAACUUGGUACAGCAAAUCAAUCAUAGCUUAGCCAUCUGCCUCUGCUCCUAGUUUGCAAUGUUUGUCUAUAAAGCUGCUAGCACUUGUCAGUGGGAGCCUCUUACUUCCCAGUGAACCACCUUAUCCACUGGCAGUGAUAGGAUCUGUCUGAAAUCCUAAUUAUACAAGUCUCACAGGCAUGGGAGGUAGGAAGGAGGAGGCACAAUUCUGGACAAUGAGCCUUGGGAAAUGCAAACACAAAUGGUAAUUUGUUCUUGAGAUUUUCUUUUGACCACUUAUCAAAAGAAAAUUGUGUGUUGGAUGGUUGUACCAUACCAAAAUGAUUUUUAGUGGGCUCUGUAUUUCUAUUACAAAUUCAACAGAAAUUGAGGGAGAGGGUGUGUACAUAUUUCAAAGAUCUAAUUACAUCAUUUAUUAACCUAAUCUUGGCUUUUACCAUCCUAUAAAAGGAUUUUAUAACAUUGCAAUGAUGGCAGGGUUCUACCACCCAGUCUUUAUUAAUACUCUCAAGGAUAGAAAAUGGCAAGGCAAGAGAGAAUAACUAAUUUCCUAGUCUAAUAUAAGAUUGGAUAGAAAAUAUAGGCAAAGGCAACAUGUAAUAUGAGGCAUUUUAUUCAGGCAGCCCUGCCUUGGAGCAGUGUUCUUGUUGCUUCAGCAGCAGCAGUGUGCUGCAUCCUGUUUUCAGUAUGCCGGUUUACAAUGUGCUCUGGAAAAAUUAGAAUCGGUUAAUUAUGUGGCAUACUCUAUGUGCUAAUUUGUACUACACAUUUCUGGUAGACCCCAUGAUAAUUGGGUUCUUGUUUUCUUUUAAACAUUUAACAGAGGGCCAUCUGUGUGUGUGUGUUUGUGUGUAUGUGUAUAUGUGUGUGAGUGUAUGUAUGUAUAUGUGUUAAGGAUUUUGCCUUUCCUUGCUAAAAUAAGAUAGGGGCUAUCUUCAGAGAAAUAGCCAGAGUUGACUCCCCCCCCCAACCCUUUUCAGCAAGAAGGAUCUCUCUUUCUCAGUGGGGAUACAGCAAAUGCUUCAUUUUUCUUAAAAGCCCUCGAACAAUAGGGGGAAAGUAUCAAGAAUGUAUUAACCUGCUGUAAUUUCAAAAGCACACUAAAAUAUUCUUGGAUUUGAAAGUUAAAAGUUGGUGUACUCAUAUUUUUAAAUUGAACUAUGUUUAUAUUUUUUUUAAUUUGUUGAUUGGGCAUAAGGCCGAAAUGCAGGCAUACACUCCUGGAUUCUGUGUAUCUAUACAUGUGCUAAAAUAUCUGCAUAUAUCUAAAAUAUAAGCCCAUGUAGAUGAAGUGAAAUCCAACUCUGCCUAAUGUAGUAAUCAACA